UCUGAGUUGAGGCGUCUACAAAAGCAUUGCAGUGAUCAUCAAUCUAUUGACAACCAUUCUUCAAGAGGAGCAAAAUGGAAUCUGAGAGCAGCUACGACGAAGUUCCACAUGACAUAGAAAAUCCAAACACUUCAUUACUGACUUCAAUGAGAAGUAUGCUGUAUAACUUGUCUCCUCUAUCCUCUUCUUGCUGUAUCUGCCGAGUUCCUAAGCGCCUUCGGCGUGUUAGUGAAAUGGCUUACACACCUCAAGUAGUCUCUAUAGGCCCCCUUCACCAUGGAAAGGAAGGACUAAAGCCUAUGGAAGAGCACAAAAAUAGAUACCUCCAUGAUUUUCUAGUCCGAACCAAUCUAAGCAUGGAGCAUUACAUAAACAAGAUAAGGGCAAGAGAAGCAGAAUUGCGUGGUUGUUAUGCAGAAACCAUUCAGUUCAACAGUGAUGAAUUUGUAAGAAUUGUCCUAGUGGAUGCUGCUUUCAUCAUUGAGGUCUUGUUGAGGUACCAUUUCCAUGAGCUGCAGGAUGAGAAUGAUCGCAUUUUCAAGAAACCUAGGAUGUUUGAGGAUGUAUGGCCUGAUAUGAGAAUGCUUGAAAAUCAGCUUCCAUUCUUUAUCCUUAAGGAUCUUUUUGACCCUGAAAGGAUUCAAAUACCUUAUAAGGAGGAGAAGCUCUCCAUAAUCAACCUUUCUUACACUUUCUUCAGAGCUCUAAUGAACAUAGAGGAUCUAGAAGACACUUUGGAAACAAUAAGUUCAUCUACAAUAGACCAUUUUGUUGAUUUUGUCAGAAAAUUGUAUCCACCACCACCACCAAAGGAAGCACAAGCUCGAGUGCAUUCCAAACCUCCAAUAGGUGCCAGCAUGAGACAGCUAUCUAUACCAGAAGUACCACAAGCUCGAGGGCAUACUGAAACUCCUACACCACCAAGCAUGACUGAACUAUACAAGGCUGGAGUCAAGUUUAAGGUGGGAUCAGGAAAAAACAUGUUUGACAUACGAUUCAAAGAUGGGACCUUGCAAAUUCCAAAGAUAACAUUUAGUGAUCAAUCAGAGGUAAAUCUCACAAAUCUCCUGGUGUUUGAACAAAGCCAAUGCAAGGAAACUGAGAAUUACAUAAACGAUUACAUUGGCAUCUUGAACAUUCUUGUCAACACCCCAGAGGAUGUGACAUUGCUUGUGAAGAAUGCAAUCUUAGUGAACAAGUUAGGUGACAGCAAGAAAGGGUGUACUAUGAUUAAGAAUAUGGGAGACGGGGUCAAUAUUGUGGACUACAGCAAGUUCCAUUUCGCUCCACUCUGCGAAAAACUGAACGAGCAUUGCACAAAGUCGAGGCACAAAUGGCAGGCAAUUUUGAGGCAAAAUUAUUUCAACACGCCUUGCAAAACUAUUUCAGUCAUUGCAGCUGCUUGUAUAAUCAUAUUCACUCUCAUACAGACAGUGUGCUCUGUUAUAUCUGUUAUUCAUGAUGAUCAUUCUCGCCGAUGAGAUCUCAUUAUUCUCAUACAGAUAGCUAGCUCAGUG